UGGCCAAAGCCAAGAUUGUUUUGUUUUGUAGUUCACAUUUCUCUGUUCCUCAAGUCACUCAGAUAAUUAAAAGCAAGUGUCUAUUAAAGCUACAAAACAAACCUUGCUUACUCCAAUUACAUUUCUUAUUCUUUAUACCACACCUUGAAAAUCGUGUCUCUUUCUUACACUUUUUGUUCAGUAUUGUUCUCAGAGCUAAUGGUCUGAGAAUAUUCUACAAGCAAGUGAAUAAUAUCUUAGGUCUUACAAAUUGGGAAAAGUUUUUUCCUAUCCUUCACUUUAAUAAUAAAUAGCUAGCAUUUUAACAGGUGAAUUAUUUCUAGGCCUACUGAUGACGUAUAAAUUUUACUUUCUCCAAAAAACAAAAAGACCAGCAACUCCCUUGUUUUUAUGUUUCAGAUAAAUACAGUAGAGAGAGAGAGGACUGACUUGCUAAUUACUCUAACUUCCCUCCCCAUGCUUACUUUCUGUGAGAUUAUUUUUUUAAAAAAAAAUUGACACAAUAGAUUUUAAAACUUCUCAGAAUUUAAGAGCAUUACCCCCUCCCAUUCUCCCUUUAGCUGUGUCGCACUGUAUAUUAUCAUUGUCAUCAAAGGGGGUGUGUAUAAGAACCAGAAAAACCAAACAGACCUGUCUGGAAACUGUUCCAUAUAUCGCAGAACCUCGAGUAGCCCUCCUUUCACUGUAAACCUCACAGAGCCAGAAAACGUCUUGACUUUGAAGACUGACUUGUGGAUCUACCAGUCCCUUGAGAAGCCAAUAAGCUUUCCAGCUUCACAAUGAUGCUGGAUUCUGUAAGCCACAAUGCCUACCUCCCAAACACAAUGAUAUGCGAACCUCUGGUAUCUUGGUCAGAACUCUUUGGAACAACAGAAGAAAACUACUAUUCAUUUGAUCAUCAAAUAGGUUGUAAUUCCAUCUGGACAGCAAUUCACCCAGAGUACUGGACAAGACACAAUGUCUGUGAGUGGCUACAGUUUUGCUGUGAUCAAUACAAAUUGGAUGCCAAUUGCAUUUCCUUUUCCCACUUUAACAUAAAUGGGCAACAACUGUGCUGCAUGAGCCAAGAGGAAUUUUUAAAUGCUGCAGGUGUUUGUGGCGAAUACUUGUACUUCAUCCUACAGAAUAUCAAGGCUCAUGGAAUCUCCUUUUUUCAGGACAAUGAAUAUAUAAAAUCAUCUGAAAAAGAAUAUAAUGAUAAGGCAUGUUUGAGAACAGGCAGCAUCAAGAGUCAAGAGUUUCAAAGCCAUAAUAGAACAAGUCUACAGAGCUCUCACUUGUGGGAAUUUGUAAGAGACCUUCUCCUGUCUCCUGAAGAGAACGGUGGUAUCCUUGAAUGGGAAGACAGGGACCAAGGCAUAUUUCGUGUCAUUAAAUCAGAUGCUCUGGCCAAAAUGUGGGGGCAGAGGAAGAAAAAUGACAGAAUGACCUAUGAAAAACUAAGCAGAGCACUCAGGUACUAUUACAAAACUGGCAUUUUGGAACGAGUGGACAGACGGUUAGUGUACAAGUUUGGGAAGAAUGCACACGGAUGGCAAGACAGCAAAUUAUGAAAUGCAAUUUACUUCAGAUUCACUGUCCAGUACCCAACAUGAAGUGUCUGGCCACAGUAAAGGGAUCGUGUCUGCCCAAUGUCCCUAGUAGGAUUACAAGGUGGACAUCUUGUCAAAAUAACUGGAAAAAAUAACAUCAGUAGACUUUCUGGGUUGGACGAUUCAGUGUGCUGCUUUUGAAUUCUCAAUUUUUCAAUAAGCACCAUCACCUGCACAGCACUUAUUAAACACUGGUAGACCACUCAAAUGAUCUUUCUCAUAGCUUGAGGUAACAUGUGUAGCAAUGCCCAAAAGGCCAAGAGUGGCAGUUUGCCAUUACCAUUAAAUCCCAUAAUUUUACCAUUGGGAAUUCUAUAGGAUAUUGAAAAGCAUCUUCUUGGUUGCUGAACCAUGUUACCUCUUGAAAAUAAAUGUGCAUCCUUUGGUUUGAAGCAGGCAGUACUAGGGUUCAUUGCCCUUUGGCUGUAUCCAAAUUCUCUUCAUAUUCUAGCAUGUCUAAGAGUAAUUUCACUUUUUAUGGAGUAACUGUGUUUGCCAUAAUUAUCCUGUUAUUCCACCAGUUUUUCUCAUAUGCAUAUGAAGCAUGAAGUUCAUAUAUUCUAAAGACCAUAGGUUGUCAAAAUAAUACUUCAUGAUCAGGCAGAGAUUUAAUGCAGAUGAAGCUAUAGUGACCAUUAAACAAAAUACAAAAUAUCUUGAAAUGUAGGCAGGAAUUUGCAACUACAUCUCACAUUUCAUGAGUUUAUUGUGGAGGGAAAUGAAGUAGAAUCAACACAAUGAAUAGAGGCAUUGUUUUUGGUGAGGAAAGCUAUCUUUUCAGCCAAUCAAAAUCAAAAAUACAAAAUAAAACUGUGUUUAGGUUUUCUCAAAAUUCACAUCACCAAAAAUGUGAAAGCAAUGAAUGGGCAUCAUUUGAAUCUCUUUCAAACUGGGCCCUUAUAUUUGCAAUGCUGUAUCCAGUAACCAGGGAGUUGAACUCAAUAGGGCUUACUUUUGACUAAACAUGUAUGAAAAGGCACUAUAAGUUUAUCAGUGUUUACUAUUAAACAUGGUGCUUCAAUUGCUGUAUGCACUUUAAUACUUGUUCAAGUUGGUUCUAUUAAGACUGGAUCUACAUUGCUGAAGAGAAUGAAAUUUUUAUAAAUGUGAAUGUUAUAAGAAUGAAAUUUUAAGAAAGUUAAAAAGGAAGAUUGAGACAGGACCGAGGAGGGAAUUGGAGGAUUUGAGAAGAGGAUCUGAAGCUCACCCUGCCAGUCUCAGCUAGACAAAACAGAGCACAGCAGGAGUCUUACAGACAAUUGAAGAGAUGGAAGUGGGGGAAAGGUUCAAGAGGCCUUGAUGGCCUGCAAGCUAGAAAGGAGGAGGGCUGAAGAGAGAGGGACUGAAAGGCCCUUGAAGGGAAAAAUACUAGCUGAAAACAGAGAGCUCAGCAGGAAGGGGGGAAGAGGAGGGAAUCCUUGUGCCUGCUGAUAAGAGAGAACAAAAGGAAGAAAAGGUUUACUGAACUUUGCACAAGCUCAAAAAGUUAUGAUUAUAUAGCACUGAGCUGCAUCUCAGAUUUGGUGGCACAUUUCUUUCUUUGCUGGUCACCCACAAUUUUGCUCUGGCCAGAAAUAAAGCUGUGGUUUGGAUCUCCUGUCUCUAGUGUCUAAUUGGGAGAAAAGAUACUAGGGACUCACCAAGCCUCAAUAUUGUCAUAUAAUACAGUUUCAGUAUACAAAAUAACUUCAUUCAACAGGAUUAUAUGACACUGCAGACUUAUAUAAUCUAGUUCAAUGAACUUAAUCAGCAUUUUAAAACUGCAUUAUAUGGCAGUGUAGAUCCAGUUUAAGUCAAAUGGUAUUUGACUUCAUAAUUUCCUUCAUUUUAAUGGAGUGAAAUAUUCUGAGUUACUUGGGAAUGGCAGAAUAUUUCAAAUAAGGUAUAUUUUUAAAGAGAUAGUUUACUGCACACACAUCUACAUCCUUCUAUGUCAGGAAAGGUAAAUGUGGCUUGUGUAGGGCCCACUUCAUUUUUUCAACCCUGAUUGGCCCUUGCCUUCAUAUGUAUUAUUUUCAGAACCAAUCCUUCCCUACCCUCCAAUAUUUUUCAUAGCAAAAAAUUGUUUUAGUUAGCUAGAGUGGUAGAUUACAUAUAGGUAGCUGUUGUUAUGUGCCUUCAAGUAAUUUGACCUUAAGGCAAACCUAUAUUGGGGUUUUCCUGGUAAGAUUUGCCUUUGCCUUCUUCUGUGGCUGACAGAUUGGGAUUUUCCCAGUGCCGUCCAGCAGGGAUUUGAACCGCAGUCUCCAGAGUCUUACCCCAGAACUCAAGCUACUAUACCAUAAUAAUUACAUGUAUUACAUAUAUUUUCCCCCGAUACUCAAACCUUACCCUACUCACUGAAAAACCCUCACUGAACAUGGCUGAAACUCAUAUUGUAAUGCUAUUUCAGAGUGUUAUUUUGGGGCAAUUUUCAGCUGAAAUUGCACUUCAACUUGCCACAGGUCUGCAGCUGGAAUAUUAGCAUUUCUUCCUCAGAAGCUGAUGACACCACCCAUACUAAAAACACCUCACAUAGCUUUAUAAAAGCAAGACAUUGUGCCAUAUUGAAGUGGGGUUAUCUUUUAGAGGGAGACUAUAUUUCCUUUUGGUUACACAUUUGAGUGAGUCCAGUGGAAUCUGCAAGAAACAUAAAGACAGGUACUAGAAAGUAAGUGCUACUGAACUCAGUAGUACUGCUUCUGGGUAUACCUAUAUUUAGUUAAUUACUAAAAUAAUACUGAAGGUCUAUGAACAGCACUCCAUCCCAUUAAAGUAAUGUAUUUGUACUGUUCCAUCACAGAAAUCAUGGCUGCUGGGUUCAGUCAUAUUUUUUCUACCUCAGAUGAUAGUUAAGCAGGUUUUAUUUUAUCUUCAGAUCAUCUUUAAAGUAAAGGUUGUAGGUCUCACCUGUUUCUCUAUCCAGUUUGCUACUUCCAUCCUUAAUUCAUUCUAAACAUAUGACAUGAAAGUAAGACAUGUAAGUCAAUUUCAUAGACUCUUAAAAUAAAAAUAUUAUGUAUUUUUCAUUCUC